CAUCAAAUUCACAAAUACAAACAAACACAAUUGUGAAAUUCUUCAUUUCAAAAUUCAAUAACAAAAAAACCCUAAUUUUCGUACACUUUCAAUUAAUGGCUACUGAAGAGGCGACUGUUGUUACCGAGCCAACUGCGGCGGAAGAAGUUGAGACCGGCGCCGGUGAAGCUGCUGAUGCCGGUGAAGCGCCGGAAAAUUCUCCGGUUGAAGCUGAGAAAGCCGAGAAGAAGGAAAUCAAAGGUAAGAAGCAGAAGAAAGCUCCUGCUCCGAGAAAACCUAGAAAAGCUGCUGAGCAUCCUCCUUAUUUUGAGAUGAUAAAGGAUGCAAUAGUGACAUUGAAGGAGAGAAAUGGAUCAAGUCAGUAUGCAAUUGGGAAGUUUAUUGAAGAGAAGGAAAAGAAUCUGCCAGCCAAUUUUAAGAAAAUGUUGCUCAUUCAGUUGAAGAAAUUUGUAGCUGGAGAUAAGCUUGUUAAGGUCAAAGCCUCUUACAAGCUUCCAUCAGCUAAAGCUGAAGCCGCUCCUGCUAAGAAGAAGCCAGCUGCAGCUAAGAGAAAACCUGCUGCUGCUGCUACUAAGACCAAAGCUAAGGCGAAACCGGCUGCUGCUACUAAGACCAAGGCUAAGGCUGAUGCUAAGGCGAAACCGGCUGCAAAGAAAAAACCAGCUGCUGCAGCUGCUAAAAAGAAACCUGCUGAAAAAGCUAAGCCGGCUGCAAAGGCGAAGGGGAAAGCUGCUGUGAAGGCUAAGCCAGCUGCCAAGGGGAAAACGGCUGUGAAGGCACCAGCUGCUAAGCCGGCUGCUAAGGCUGCAAGAACAUCUACUAGAAGUACACCAGGGAAGAAGGCAGAGGCUCCUAAAGCGGCGGCAAAGAAGACGGCUCCGGUGAAGAAGGCACCAGCUAAGAAAGCGGCAGCACCGGCAAAGAAGGGAACAACUACAGCAGCCAAGAGAGGAGGGGCGACAACAAGGAAAGGGAAGAAGUAGAUUUGGUUUUUCUAUUUUUUUUAUUCCUUAGGGUUGGUUGGUUAAAUGUGGAAAGCAAAGAUAUGUAAUUUGUUCUUUAGAGUGAGUUUGAUUUAGGGAAAUUUAGUUUGUAAAGUAUGAAGGAAGGAAAGAAGGUGUGAUUAGAUUGUUUUCAUAUGCCUGCCCAUGGAAAUCAUCAAUCAAUUAAGCUUACACAGUAGUUUUAGUUUCCA